GUAAUGGAUCAGAAAAAAAUAACUUAUAUGUCAGGUAAAUAAGAACACAACCGUGUUAGCAUUUUGAACAUGACCUCAGAUAAGGCAAUAGAAAAAAAAUAAAAUUGAAAGUGAUCAUCAUGAAAAUUUAUUAUGGUUACAGGCAGGAUAGAUCAUGAAAUCAUUUGAGCAUUUAAUAUAUAUGCAUUAAAUGGCAUAUUUAUGAAAAAAAGGACUGAAUGUGCAGAUAAUGAUAGCGAAAGGGAAAAAUUAAGAGUGGAGAUAGUUUGUCACAUAUUGUACACAGUGCAUACCCAUUUACAGGGAUUUUGGUCCAGUCACUCACCCAUUCUGAACUGAUGACCUGAAUUGUGCACCCAUGAGAAUGAAGGCACUUUCUGUGAUGUCUUGGAUUUAUUGGGAGAUUCCAAGUAACUGUGUAUGAAGCUCCAUAAAUAUUAAGUUGUAUUUGUGAUGUAAACUAAUAAGAUUUAAAAUGAUUGGUUCUGCCUAGGAAGACAGAAAAUAUGUGAGUUUUUCUUCUUAUGGAUGGACAGAGAUAUACACACACACUCACAUGCCUGUAUCAUGGCUAUAUUUAUUUCAUUGUUUUCUUUUCUUUCUUUCUUGUUUUAUUUUUUUUAAAGGAGCAAUCAGGCUUGGAAUGAAAGAAAGUACUGCAGAGGUAAACCAUUGUGUGGUCAAAACUCACAAGCAAAGAUUCAUGGGUGAUAGAUCUUGUGAUUUUACUUGGAGAGAUAACUGCACAUCACAUGAGAGAAUCCAGGUUAGAGAGAGACAUUAUGAAGUUAACCAAUGUAGAAAAGGUUUUAUAAAAAAGGAAAAUCUUAUUGUACAUCAAAGGACCCACACAGGAGAGAAACCUUAUGAAUGUAACCAAUGUGGAAAGAGUUUUAGAGAAAAGAGGGUUCUUAGUGUUCAUCAGCGAAUUCACACUGGAGAGAAACCUUAUGAAUGUAAUCAAUGUGGAAAGGUGUUUAGACAAAAGGGAGCUCUUAUUGGACAUCAGAGAAUCCACACAGGAGAGAAACCUUAUGAUUGUAACCAGUGUGGAAAGGCCUUUAGAGAAAAGAAAACUCUUAUUGGACAUCAGAGAAUUCACACUGGAGAGAAACCUUAUGAAUGUAAGCAAUGUGGAAAGACUUUUAGACACAGGAGACCUCUUACUAUACACCAGAGAAUUCACACUGGAGAGAAACCUUAUAAUUGUAACCAAUGUGGAAAGAGUUUUAGAGACAAGGGAGUUCUUAUUGAACAUCACAGAACUCACACUGGUGAUAAACCUUAUGAAUGUAACCAAUGUGGAAAGGCUUUUAGAGAAAGGAAAGCUUUUAUUAGACAUCAGAGAACCCACACUGGUGAUAAGCCUUAUGAAUGUAACCAGUGUGGAAAAACUUUUAGAAAAAAGAGAAGUCUUACUGAACAUCAGAAAAUCCACACUGCAGAGAAACCUUAUGAAUGUAAUCAAUGUGGAAAGGCUUUUAGAAAAAAGGGAGCUCUUAUUGAACAUCAAAAAACCCACACUGGAGAGAAACCUUAUGAAUGUAACCAAUGUGGGAAGGCUUUUGGAAGAAAGGCAACGCUUAUGGAACAUCAGACAAUCCACAGUGGAGAGAAACCUUAUGAAUGCAAACAAUGUGGAAAGUCUUUUAGACAAAAACAAAGUCUUACUCUUCAUCAGAGAACCCACACUGGAGAGAAACCUUAUGAAUGUAAUCAGUGUGGAAAGGCAUUUAGACAUAGGGGAGCUCUUACUGAACAUCAGAGAACCCACACUGAAGAGAAACCUUAUGAAUGUAACCAGUGUGAAAAGGCUUUUAGAAAGAAAGGAUCUCUUAUUACACAUCAGAGAACCCACACUGGAGAGAAACCUUAUGAAUGUAACCACUGUGGAAAGGCUUUUAGAGAAAAGAGGGCUCUUUUUGGACAUCAAAGAAUCCACACUACAGAGAAACCACGUGAAGGUAAUCAUUGUAGAAAGGCUUUUAGACAUAAGCAAAGUCUUAACUGUACACCAGAGAAUCCACCCUGCAGAGAAACCUUAUGAAUGUAAAGAAUGUGGGAAGUGUUUUUUAAAAAAGGGAAGUUUUUGUUUGCAUCAGAAAAUCUACACUGGAGAGAAGUCUUACAAAUGUAACCAUUGUGAAAAGAAUUUUAGAGAAAGUAGACUUCUCACUGGAAUCAGAGAAACCACAGUGAGGAGAAAUCUUAUGAAAGUAGUCAGAAUAAAAGAACUUUUAAACAUGAGAGUUAUUGCCAAAGCAAAGUAUAUGAACAGAAGUACAAAACACUUUUCACAAAAUUAAAGUCGGAUCUAACCAAUGGGAAAAAUAUCAAGUGCUCCUGGUUAAGCAGAGUGAAUAUAAUAAAAAUAAUAAUUCUACCUAAAUCAAUCUACUUAUUCAGUGCUAUGCCAACCAAACUCCCAAGAAAUUAUUUUACGGAUCUAUAAAAAAUACUAACAAAGUUCAUCUGGAAGAACAAAAAGUCAAGAAUUUCAAGGGAAUUAAUGAAAAAAAAUGCAAAUGAAGUUGGCCUACUUGUGCCAGACUUAAAAGUAUAUUACAAAGCAGUGGUCAUCAAGACCAUUUGGUACUGGUUAAGAAAUAGAGUAGUUCCACAGUGGAAUAGAUGACGUUCAUAAGACACAAAUGAGGCAUUGACCAGUCCUAACAAGUAUAUUAAGAUAUGGUCAAAAUGGGUUCACAACUUAGAAAAAAAAAAAGAGUGAUAUUAUAGGCAAAUUGGAAGAACAAAGGAUAGUUUACCUCUCAGUUCUGUGGAAAAGGAAAGAAUUUUAGGCCAAAGAAGAAAUGGAGUUCAUUAUUGAACUAAAUAAUUGUGAACUGGAUAAUUUUGAUUACAAUUAAGUUAAAACAUUUUUGUACAAACAAAACUAGGGCUGACAAGAUUAGAAGGGAAGCAAUAAACUGGGAAAACAUUUUUACAUAUAAAGGUUCUAAUAAAGGCCUCAUUUCUAAAAUAUAUAGAGAACUGACUCAAAUUUAUAAGAAUUGAGACCAUUCUCCAUUUGAUAAGUGGCCAAAGGAUAUGAACAAUUUUCAAAUGAAGAAAUUAAAAUCAUUUUCACUCACAUGCAAAAGUGCUCUAAAUCACUAUUGAUCAAAGAGAUGUAAAUUAGGACAACUCUGAAGUACCACUACAUAAAUCUCAGAGUGUCUAAGAUGACAGAAAAUCAUAAUGACAGAAGUUGGAAGGAAUGCAGGAAAACAGGGUCACUAAUACAUUGUUGAUGUAGCUGUAAACUGAUUCAACCAUUGUGAAGAGCAAUUUGGAAUUAUGCCUAAAGGGCUAUCAAAAUGUGUGUAUCCCUUUUAUCCAGCAGAGUUUCUAUUGGACUUAUUUCCAAAGUAAUUUCAAAUGAGAAAAAGGGAUCCAAAUGUGCAAAAAGGUUUCUGGCAGCCCUUAUUGUAGUGGCAAGAUACUGGAAGUGCCCAUCAGCUGGGGAAUGGCUGGAUUAGUUAUAGUAUAUGAAUGUUACGGAAUAGUUUUGUUCUGUAAGAAACAAUCAGCAGGAUGAUUUUAGAGAGGUCUGGUGAGACUUAAAGAAAUUGAUACAAAGUGCAAUGAGCAGAAGCAGGAGAUCAUUGUACAUGGCAAUGACAAGAUUUAUACUAAGAUCAAUUCUGAUGGAGUUGGCUCUCUUCUACAAUGAGAUGAUUGAAUCCAGUUUUAGUGAUCUUGUGAUGAAGAGAGCCAUCCAUACCUGAAAAGAGGACUGUGGGAACUGAAUGUGGAUCACAACAUAGCAUUUUCACUUUUUGUUGUUUGCUUGCAUUUUGUUUUCUUUCUCGGUUUUUUCCUUUUUGAUUUGAUUUUUCUUGUGCAUCAUGAUAAUUGUUGAAAUAUGUAUAGAAGAAUGCACAAGUUAAUAUGUAUUGAAUUACUUGCUUUUGGAAAGGGGAGAAUAAAUUUGGAAUACAAAUGGUUGCAAUGGUGAAUGCUGAAAAUGAUCCAUGCAUAUGUUUUGAAAUUUAAAAACUUUAAGAAAAAAAUAAAGAAAAGUAGGCUAGAAAUGUGCACUUUCUGUCGAAAAAAACUUGCUAUGGUUGAUCCUGUUCUACUUGGGAGGGAAAUCUAAAAGAACUAAAUUCCAUAUAAGGAGCAUCUGUGGUGCUUAUCACAUGCCUUCCACAAAUCCAUGAAUGGCUUAGAUAUUGAUGA